AAUGAAUAAUUUGCACUGUAUUUGUCUACCAUAUAUUAUUUAUAAACGAAUCUCUAAUUAUUAUGAUAAUUGUCAUUAUCACAUCUCGUAUUGAUCGAAAUCUAAUUAUCUGUUCAUUUUUGUUUUAUAUACACGGUUUUAUUACGAAUUGCGAAUUCAGUGUAAAAUCCCUGUCAUUCGUCAAUAUCAAUUGUGCGACGCCUAAUAACGCAUGUUUCAUUUUACCGCUGUAUAUUCUUUCCAAAGCUGUCAAUAACGAAAUACAAUGAAGACGACAUUCGUAUAUCCAUUACGGAUUCAGUAUUGUCGCUUGAUUCAGACGUUGACAGCAUAUCUGAUAAUUGGAUAAAUCUUCCCGGCACUUACCUGUAUUUACCUGAAAUGUAUGUAGUUUUCUAAUGGAAAUAGAUGCUGCGAUAUAUUGAUGGAAUUUAUAGAUCUAAUGGUUAUAACAUUUUUUUCUCAUAUAGAUUUUCGAAGUAAAAUAUGGAGUAUUCAUGUUUAAAUGGAAAAGCGAUAGAAAACAAAUAGAGUUAUUGAACAAUUGGAAUAUGUAAUUACUUUGUACCUUAAGAAGGUUACAACAAGGUAAAUAUUGUUUUUUUAUCGGAAAUAAGUAAAACAAAAUUAAAAGUAUAAAUAUGAAAACUGCAAUAAUUGUCAGAUUACAUAUGCCUAUUGUAAUAAAAACUUUCUCUGAGCAGUAAAGAACACCACUGGGAACUAUGGUAGUAAUUAAAUAAUAAACAUUGACCCGACUCUGUAGUAAUAUCGACUAUAAUGCCUAACACAGGUCAGGAACAAACUGGUAAUCCGGGCGGCGGGAACAAUGGUCGGCACUAUCUUUCACCGGACAGCGGAGGAUGUAUUGACAAGUCACCAAGUUUACAACGAAUCCACCAACAAAGUUCAACAGAAACAAGUGGACUAGGUGCAUCUGAAUUUUCUUCGCGAGAAAGUAUUCAUAGUAAUCAAAGUUUUAAUGACCAUAAAUGUGAUCAUGGGCAUUUAGUCCGAUACAAACAUGCCAUGGUUGUGCCAAAAGAACAGAAAAAUUUAGUGUCUAAAUCAAAUCCGGAAACAAAAAAGGAAAUAAGUCCGGAUACGGAAAUGAAAACAAUGUUUUCGGAUGGACCUAAUUUUGAUGAUUUAUUUAAUCAGUCACGAAAUACAAAAACAAACAGUUUUGACACGGGACAGAAUGAAAAUUAUAGACCGAGGAGAAAUUACGAUAGGAACCACAAUCCUGGUCAACAUAGUGUCGACGACAAUUCAAGCCACAAUCAGAGUCAACCUGAGAACUAUCGACCUCGAAGGCCUAGAUCUCGAAGUCACAAAUUAGAAAUCGAGGAUGAAAAUUAUGAGUGGACACGAAAAGGAUCGAAAGGCUCAAUCAAAAGUCAUACAUCCCGAGGAUCAUUUCGUUCACGUUCAGGAUCUUGCAAAUAUAAAUUAGGACAUGAUUUUGAUUCAGCUUGGAUGAAAUGGGGCCGAGCGAGACGAGAAUCGUAUCAAAGAAAACUUGAGGUACCGGAAAAUGAACCAAUAGAACGUGAACGUGCUACAACUCCAAUCAAAAAGGCAAGACAAGAACUCAUUGCGCAAUUUGUGCAUCCUGACCUGACAGAAAAAUACAUUUCUGAAGAUGAUAUUAACUACAUCAGGCGUCACAGACAAAGACAGUAUCAAACCUACCAUGCCAUUGAAAAAACUAAGAAAAAUAAACGGCUUCUUUCUACUCAUAGCGACAUCUACCUUAAUGCAAGGGAAUGGAAAAUACUCUCCAGUUUUUGGAAACAUAAAGUCUUUAGGCGCUCAAGAUAUUUCUCAUUAUUUUUUGUGAUUUUAAGUAUAAUAAUUUUGAGUGUUAGUGUGGCCAGUAAGAAAUGGAUUAUAUACAACACAUCUGACGAUGUCGAUAUCUAUGAAGGAAUGUGGGAAAGUUGUGUAGAAAAUAGAACGAUAUCAAAUUUACAUUAUUCAGAGUGUACUCAUAAUAUACGAGAUUGGCAGAAUGCUGUGAUAGGGUUGAUGAUAUUUGCUGCAUCAAUAGGCUUUCUGGCGGCCAUAUUGGCUGUGCUUGGUGUUUGUACAUCGCCUUUACCAAAGAAAAUUUAUUACUUCCAUUCAGCGGGGGAGAUAUUUCUCGUUUGUGCAAUGGCUGCUACAGUUGCCUUGGUGAUAUAUCCAGCUGGAAUAGAAAUGGACAAAAGCAUAGCAAGUCACUACUACGGAUCAGGCUACGGACUCGGCUGGGGAAGUGCCUUCUUUUUUCUUUGUGCAGCACUUUGUAUGAGUUUAGAUGACUUAGUUCGAGAAUCUGCAAAAGCAAAAUGUUGCAGGUUAUGUUUUAAACGAGAUCGAUCAGAUGGCACGGAAUCACAGCAAGUUUGAAAUGUUUAUAAAGCAACAUUACUAGCUUACACGUAAAUCCCAUGGUGUGCUAAUAGCACCCUCAUUUCUCGGGCCAAGAAGACGUCACAUGCUGGUUGAAAGAUACAACGGAAAGAUAAAUCACUCAUGUGUUGCAGCUCGAAACAUUUCACUGAAGCCUAUACAUGUUGGGAUGUACACUGAAUAUGGAUCUUUUGGCAUCCAUUUUACUGAGUACGUACGCUUCUCUCGCGAUGUAUAAAUGCAAUUUCGACGAUUAUUUAUGAAUCAAAAUUAUAUCUACUUAUUUAUUUAGCAUAUUUUGUCAUCAUAUGAAUAUGUCCCACCUACAUUUAUUGUCCAUGUUAUUUUAUCAAUACUGUAAAUUCAGAAAUUAUUGCGAUGUUUUUAUAAUUGCGAAAAAUGCGACAGGGUUAUAAUCGCAAUAAUUUAAACUCGCAUUUUGAAAUUUUUUAUAUGAAUUAAACAGGAUUUUUCUCAAUAUCGCAAAAAUUAAAAUCGCAUUUUAGUCUAAAAUGAUAAAAUCGCAAUAAUAAAUGCGCGUAAUAAUUUCUGAAUUUACAGUAUUUAUUUUUCUUCCAGCAACUAAUAUUUAAACACCACUUAAGCUUAUUGCACCCUUUUUAAAGUUUUUAGCAAUAUAAGAGUAUUCACGUCCUAUCGAUUUAAUAUCUAAUUAGACCGACUGAUUUGUAUAUUUGAUAUGAACAUUCCUUGUUUGAUAUAGCAUCUGUGUUUCAUUAGAAAAGUUUGAUCUGAUAAUGACGAAGGGAAAACAAAGUUUAACACAACAAAACAAUUGAACAGCUAUCAACAUGGGGUCGUCUAGACUUAGACUUCAUGAAAGCAAGGACAUACAAAACAGCACUUAAUUUCCACAAAUCUCGUAAAUAAAGUGGAUAUGCAUAGGUUCCGAGAAACUUCACCUAGGUUUUAGGUGUAGAAAAGUAGGUUACACAACUUUUAAAAGAGUUUCAAAAUGUUACAAAGAGCUUAUGCUUACUAGUAUGCCCUGAAAUUAUUUCACCAGCAGGAUUAUAUUUGAAAAAGGUAAACUGAUAUUUUCAACAAUAUUCAUACUAGGCUAAGUCCCAAGUUUGCCCUAUUCCAGACAAUUUAGUUAGCCUAUAAAUAUAUUGAAACCAACAAAUAUCCGUCAUGCAAAAACGAAAAAAAUGACUUCCCUCAGAGUGUGUAGACAAUAGGGAAUCCUUUUUGUUUUAUGAAUUCAUUAUUAUUUAAGUCCUCAAACGACACAUUUUAAAUAUUGUCAGAGUCAUGAUUGGUUGAAAUUCUUUUAUUUAAGGAUGUCAGCUGUCCGAGGUUAGCUGCUGACAUUCAAAAUAAAAUAUAUAACAUUAUCAUGAAUUACCUCUCUCUCGACAUUAAGAUAACUUGUGAGACCUAGAAUAAGGGAAAAAAAAAUAUUCUUAUUGUAAAGAUACAAGCAUUUGAAAAAAAAUUUGGCGAGAAAAACGUAUCUCUGAAUUUGUUUAAUGAAAUGUGAGGAAAGAAAUGAAUGCUUUACUACGUGCACUUUCUGUACAAAAUAUUUUAUAGAAAUAACAAGAAUUUUAAAAUAGUUAACCAGAAGCAUGUUUGAUAAUGUACAUUUCAAAUAGCAUGGAGAAAUAUAAGGGUUGCUAGGAAAUAUGUGUUUAAUGCAUAUGCUGAUGGUUUGGAUGGGGUUUAUAGAAAAGGAAAUAAUGGGCCUAUACUACAGAAACAUGGGCCAAAAAAUAAAGAAUAGAGAAUAAUGGGUGCUAAUAUAUAAAGAGUAAGGAAAAAAUAAGCAAAACAGAUAAUGAAUAGAGAAAUGAAUGACCCAUCCAGACCCUCAUAUUGUAGGGAAAAGGCAGAGCAGUCACAAAAUAUUGCGAAACUUUUCAUAAAAAAGACAAUCUGCAAAGGUAAAUAUGUACGUGUUCAUUUAGGGUUAAUUUGAUAGAUAAUAUACAUUUAACCGAUUAGGAACAGUAAUUCAUGUCCCCUUGCAAAUGUGAUACGUGCAUUUUAAAAAGAAGAAAUAUUAAAAUACACACAUAAAAGUCAAAACGAAAUUUUUUGGCUUGAAAUCUCCUUUACCAGAAAAAAAGAAAUCCAAAAAAAUCUUUACAAAGUAAGUUUGUUUCCAUUAGGAUAUCAAAUCCAAAACUGAUUUAUUACAUCUAUAUGGAUGAUUUCGCUUGAUGUAGUUAUUACACAUUAUAAAUGUUUAGAAUCCUACAAUAUGCUUAUGUUUGGUAAGCUCAACAGUAUUCCAUGUUAACUAUAUUUGUGAUGAAUGUUUCUGGAUGUAUUGUGUGUUUUUCAAAUUCAAAUGUUUUUCCACUUGUUGAACUUUUACUAUUUGUACACAAUAAAUUUUCACUCACUUUU